ACUAUCUAGUACUCUAUAGUUUUUAUUUGAGUUUUUUCCUGAUCUUAUUUUGUUUACUGGAAAGAUAAUGGCGAAAAAAUACGAAGGACAUGCUGUGGGAAUCGACCUUGGUACAACAUAUUCUUGUGUUGCAGUGUGGCAUGAGCAACACAGUAGAGUGGAGAUUAUUCACAAUGAUCAAGGCAACAGAACUACACCUUCUUGUGUUGCUUUCACCGACAAACAAAGGUUGAUUGGCGAUGCAGCUAAGAAUCAAGCUGCUACUAACCCACAAAAUACUAUCUUUGAUGCUAAGAGGUUAAUUGGUAGGCAGUUCAGUGAUGAUGUUGUUCAGAAGGAUAUCAAUUUGUGGCCAUUCAAAGUCAUUGCCGAUGUAAACAACAAACCCAUGGUUGUUGUUCGGUACAAGGGUCAGGAGAAGCAGUUGUGUGCGGAGGAAAUUUCAUCAAUGGUUCUCAUAAAGAUGCGGGAGAUUGCAGAGGCAUAUUUGGAAUCACCGGUUAAGAAUGCAGUCAUUACUGUGCCAGCUUAUUUCAACGAUUCUCAACGAAAAGCCACCAAAGAUGCCGGUGCCAUUGCUGGCCUUGAUGUUAUGAGGAUAAUGAGCGAGCCCACUGCAGCAGCUAUUGCAUAUAGUCUUGACAAGAGAAUUAACUGUGUUGUUGAACGAAAUAUUUUUGUGUUUGAUCUUGGUGGUGGAACUUUUGAUGUGUCUCUUGUUACAAUUAAGGAUAAGGUCUUUCAAGUUAAGGCAACUGCUGGAAACACUCACCUUGGUGGAGAGGACUUUGAUAAUAGAAUGGUAAAUUACUUUGUAGAGGAGUUCAAAAGGAAGAAAAAAGUUGACAUUAGUGGGAACCCAAGAGCCAUGAGAAGGUUGAGAACAACCUGUGAGAGGGUUAAAAGGAUCCUCUCUUUUUCAGUUGACACAACUAUUGAGGUAGAUGCUUUAUUUGAGGGCAUUGACUUCUCUUCAUCGAUCACUCGUGCAAAGUUUGAGGAAAUCAAUAUGGAUCUUUUCAAUGAAUGUAUGGAAACUGUUGAGAGUUGCCUUAAUGACUCUAAGAUGGACAAGAGUAGUGUAGAUGAUGUUGUCCUUGUUGGUGGGUCUUCUAGGAUUCCCAAAGUGCAGCAGCUAUUGAGGGACUUUUUUAAGGGAAAGGAUCUGUGCAAGAGCAUCAACCCUGAUGAGGCUGUUGCAUUUGGUGCAGCCGUGCUGGCUUCUUUGUUGACUGAUGGAAUUAAAAAUGCUCCAAACUUGGAAUUGGUCGAUGUUACACCACUGUCUUUAGGUUUGCGGUUAAAUCAUGAUUGCAUGGAGGUAGUGAUUCCUAGGAAUACUACUAUACCUGUCAAGAAGACAUUGGAUUGUGCGACAAGUAAGGAUAACCAAUCCUCAGCCUUGAUAAAGGUUUAUGAGGGUGAGAGAGCUUUAGCCAGCGAAAACAAUUUUCUUGGUUCUUUUAGGCUCUCUGGAUUGUCCCCUGCUCUUCGUGGCCACCCUCUUGAUGUUUGUUUUUCUAUUGAUGAAAAUGGUAUUUUGACAGUAUCUGUCGAGGAAGUAUCCACAGGCAACUUGAGUGAGAUUGUAAUAAUCAAUUAUAGAGACAGGUUAUCAGCAGUAGAAAUUAAAAAAUUGAUUCAUGAAGCUGAGAGUUACUGUGCUGAAGAUAAGAAAUUCCUACAAAUGGCUCAAGCAAAAAAUGCAUUGGAUGACUGCAUUUACAAAAUAGAAUCUGCUAUAAAGAAGCAGAAUAUUAACUUGAAACUCUCCACACCAGAGAACAAGAAGAUCAAUGUUGCAAUUAAAAUGGCAAAAGAAUUGCUUGAUGAGAAUGACCUGCAUGAAGUAGAUCUUCUUGAGGAUCAUUUGGAGAACCUUGAAAGUAUGUUUGAAGACCUUUGCAUUAAUCGUACUUAGUGUUUGAUUAAAAAUUUAUUAAUGGUUGUAUUAUUUAUACUAGCCUUAAAUCAGUCGAUUACAAAACAGUCUUUUACGAACAUGUUAGGGAAGGUUGCUAUAUUUUUUGCUGACAAA